UGUACAGCGGGAGGAAAACCGAACUUUCGGCGUAGGUAGGAGAAAAAAAUCAUUUUGUCGUCCAGCUGUUAUGGUUUUAACAUUGUUUUGAGAACUUUUCACAAGAGAAUAUUAUUGACAGAUGUUGAAGAAAUGUCAAAAUAAAAAUUGAAAAUGGACGCAACGAAACCUUAAACCUUUAUGUAUUUAAAUUGAUUAAUCUAAAUUUAAAGUAAACAAUAUUUAUGAUGUCGAUAAUUAAUAGCUAGCCACACAUGAAAUAAUACAAAACAUCAAUGAUCAAAAUGGCCGCCACAGAAACGGUGAAUGAACUUUUACAAGAUACACUGAAAAAUACAAUUAAUUCUGCGGCAACACGAGAGUCACAAGCGAAAGCCUCGAGGAUACCCAUAAAACUACAAUCCAGCAUCGCUCGAGGACAGACGCGUAGAGACCGACACAUCAUAUGCAGCUAUUGGUCGAAAAAGGACGCGGACGACGCGGGAGUGAACCAAACAAUCAACGUCAGAUAUUUUAACAAUAUGAGGAGCUUUAAAGACAAAAUAAAAAGUUACUACUCUUGUAAUCAAAACCAGUGCGCUGCGACAAAAGAACGGCUGGAACAACAUCAGCAGAGACAUUGCAAACACGAUCGAAAUAAGUUCGUUCGCAAGGAAAAGCAACAUUUGAAUAAAAACCAGUAUAAAUCACUGGAUGGUUUGAUAAGCGUAACAUCAAUAAAACCUAACGUAUCAUUUGUGAAAAAAUCAGAUGCCCGCCUCGGGACUCAUACAUCCCGAUCAAUUCCAACAGUCGAUGUUUCAAAUGAAGAAUACAUUGUCGAUAAAAGUCAUGCACAAAAUAUGAAUCUAGUUGAAGAUUGUGUGGAAUUAAAAGAGCCAAGUAAUUUAACAAUUGAAUACGCUACAACCUCAUACUCAUACAAAGAUAAAUUGCAAACGGAGAUAACAAAAUUGAUUAGUGAAUUAAAGUUAAAUCCCGAUUCGGGUGCUAUUUCUAAACUUAACAGGGAAGAACAAGAGAGUAGUUUGAAUUAUUUUGUCGAAACCAUUUAUCGAGAUAUAAAUGAAGUAAAUGAUCCUAAUUAUGAACAUAAAUUGAAAUCAGAAAUUGUUAAAUAUUUAAAUAAACUGAAUAACCAGCCACCUCCGUGUGGUGUUAAUCCUGAUUUAUCUAUAACUAAUAUAUUUCAUGAUCUCAAAGACAAAAUUCUAACUUUGAAUAGAGACUUUAAUGUAAAUAAUGAAACUAUGGAUAAAGAUGUGGCCAGUAUUAAUGAAUAUAUAACAUAUGGUCAAAUACCUUACAAUCCAUCCGUUUCUAUGAAUACCGAUGGGCUUAUAAGCGAAAUGAACAUUCCAGACAAGAAAUGGAAAGUUUCAGCGGUAAAUUCACUUUCUAAGUCUACUAAAAAUGAAAUGGAUUUUGAUGUUGAUCUAGAAAGAUCUCUUUCAAAAGAGAUACAAAUUGUUUUAAACAAAAUUGGUUUUCAAUUACCUAAAGUUGAAAUAGCCGACGUCAUUUCAAAACUUAUUGUCAAUGCUAUAUCUCGUAAGGCUGACGUCAAAUCAGUUAAAAAAGACAUAUGUAAUGCUCUCCACAGCUACGUAGAUUUAUCUCGUACAAAAGAGGAGGGCUUAGCUGACUUUCUACUGGAUAACGUUACAUUAAAAAUCGAUGAUAUCAGCUGUGAAUUCAAACAUAGUUCUUUCACUCCUCAGCUAUCGGGAAUCGUUACAGUUUAUACAUCUAAAGAGAAGAUUUCUCCUACCGCUUUGGGAUAUCUCACAACUUCAACACCAAAGAAAAAAAGAAAAAAGAAAGACAUACCAAAAAUGAAUAAAGAAGAAACUGAGUAUUAUGACUUAGUUGUGGAGCUGGUCACAGAAUGGAUGGACACCCUACCGAAAAAAUUCAAUAACAGAGAGGAAAAACUCUUUAAAGACACAAUGAUUAAAGAUUUGACUGGAUGUUUGGUAGAUGAAAUAAAGGCGGAACAAAUAUAUCCUAAAAACGAAUUGGAACUAUAUCUUAAAAGUGCUAUGAUAAAAUGGGUUCAAAAAUUUUCUAUUUAUGAAACUGCGGAAGAAAGUUUGGAUAAAAUUGAUGAGUUAUACAACAAAAUUAUAAAAUUGCCUACACCAGAUUUAACUAAACCACAUCACGGUAACCGGCAAGUUAUGGAAAAUCUGAAAUACAUUGAAAGAGGCAAUUUGAUGAAACCUGACUACAUACCAGCCGGUGGUCUCCACAUAGAAGACGAAAUUUCAAUUUGGGUGAACGAACAACCUGAUGAUAUAUACACAUUUAAGGACAGAACUGUACGUAAUAAAAUGAUUCAUGAUUUAGCUGAAACUAUUCAUAAACUGCUUGUUGAUAAGCGACCAGAGAAAGAAAUACAAGAGGAAGUAGAAAAAUGGUUGGUUAAUGUAAUAGGUGAUGACGAAAAGGCACACAUACAGGAAUUGGUUGAAAGUUUGAAAGAUCGUGUCAAGAACAUGCCUCUACAAGAAGAUCUAGAAAAGAAUAUUCAAGAUAGAAUACAGACUGAAGAAGCCCAAAGAACGUUUAAGUUAAAGAAAUUAGCCUCUAACUUAGAACAACCGAGUGUAGAGUAUGUUGACCCUAAUACAACCAUGCAGGAAUUUGUUACGAAAUUUGUUGAGCAUUACUGCAAUACUAGUGAUCAACAACUACGAGGAGCUCUUGGCUAUUUACUAAAAAGAGAGUUAAUAAAAUUAAGUGCUCCUACUAGAAAAGAACUGUAUGAUAACUUGUCGAAAUCAAAACCCACGGUUGAUUUUUUACCGGAAAAGUUUUUCACCGAACUCGAUUACAUGCGCAUUGUUUCAGAUUGGUUGAACACUCUUCCGUUACAUUCUUCAUACAGGUGUCGAGGGAACAAUCAUCGAAUUGAAUUUAUAACCAAUGUUGUAUCGUACAUAGUUGAUAUUGAAGAAGAACGAAAAAUAAACCCUGAUGCGAUGAAUUACGAUAAAUACUUAGCUGAUAUAAUUGAUACUUACAUACGUCUCCUGGCUAUACCGGAACCGCAACAAUAUGCCAUGAGAUGGGAGAUAAAAGAGCUUUUAUCGAGUAUAGCUGAAUUUAGGAACAAAAGUCAAAGUAAAACUACUGCGCUACCCCCUGACCCGAUUAAUCUUGAUGAUAUUAUUAGUGAGUUUAUCCAAAGGUAUGCUGUAGAUGAAGAUGACCCUUUGAAAAUUGAAGUAUGGACUAUUCGAUUAUUAGAGGAAGCCAAAAGAAUUAUAAAUGGAACAAGUAAUCCCGAAGCUUUGAGUAAAACUCAAGUUUAUAAUCAUUUACAUGAAGUUGCCGAGCCCGGUCAUGAAACGAUAAAGAGAUUUGAAUAUGAACUCGAUUAUAUAGAAGAAAUAACAGAUUGGCUUCAAAACCUUCCUUUGCUCCCAAUUACCAAUGAUUCUGAGGAAGAAAACAGAGCUAUUAUGAUAUCUGAGUUAUCUGAAAAGAUAUAUGAUCAUUAUGUUAGAAAAGAUAGGACAGCAGACGCUACUCGAGCCGAUACAGACUUUGCGGAGUAUGUCAAGAAAUGGAUUGAAAGACUACCUAUGGAUAAAAAUCAGGAAUCAGUAAUUAUCCCAGUCGUCAUGCAACAAUUAAUAAAUAGAAUAGAAAAGUCGAGUAAACAAAGAAAUUCUAGAUCAUCUUUGCUGAAUCUUUCAAGUAUAAAACAGAAGAACUCAGCUCCAGUGAAAUGUAAAACGUCUUGUCCAAAAAACAAACAAUAUCAAAAGGAUCCGGGGAAGUUUUUGCUAGAAGAAUUAAAUAAAUUUGCAAAUGGCCUGUCAAUAAAAUCAGAAAAUGACGAAAUAAAUAAACCAGAUAAAGAUAAAUUCGUAAAUAUGUUGUUUAAAAAAAUUGGAGACUUAAACAAUGAUCCAAAAGUUUUUAAUAACGACUUUCUGUACAAAGAAAUGUUAACUAAUACAGUUGAUUGCCAUCUACAAGACAUAUCUGAAUUACCAAAGAAUAUCAAUAAACUUAAAUCAACUUUGAUCAAUAAUGUGAUUGAUUUAACAAAUGCCAUCAAAGAAAAAAUUGCCGGUGAUAUUUAUAAACAAUCUCUACAGGAGGCACUAGAUGCAUCGAUCCCCAAUCCUUUACCUAAGCAAGCCUAUGAUCCAGGUUUCGAGAUAUAUAAGAUUCGCUUAGUAGAAAUGUUUAUUUUGGAGAAUUUCGAUCACAGUAACGACGAUCUUAAGGAAAUAUACGAACAACGUCUUAAAAAGGCAAUAGAUAAAUAUUUUCAGAGCGCUCGGAAUAAGAACGCUUUACCAUUGAGUAAAGAACAAAUUUACAACGAAUUAUACAGUUCCUUAUUUAAAGUACCGAUACCUAACGAGACAUCUGUGAUCGAACUACUCGAGGAAGUGAAACUGAGGUGUGAAAUUGACGCUUGGUUCGAAAGUUUACCUAUAAAAAGUACAGACGAUGUAAUCGUGCUGUUGCAGUGGGACAAAUUAUUAUCCACGUUGGCAAAACGAAUAUGUGAAAUAGAAAGAAUCGAACAGAAACCGGAUGAUAAGAUACGACGAGAGAUUAAUAAACUACUGGAAAAGCUGCCUUUAUUGCCAAACAACAACAUUGACGAUCAAGUUGAUAAAUUAUGCGUUGCUCUAAAAUCUAAUACAGAUCGUAGAAAAAUUACGAGCAAAGAUCGUCGUAAAGAUUCUAAGGGUAAGAGCAAAAGUAAAAGCAAAACAAAGAGCAGUUCUAGCAGCACAGGUCUAGAUAAUAAAAUAGAGACUGGUUCAACUCCAACCACUGGUUCGCCUCAUGUAAACAUCGAUGAUCAGUUAAAAAAAAGUCCUGUAGAUCUUAUUAUUGAAAUAGUAAAUAAAUGGUGCAAUGAUCUGCCCCUGCCUUGUGCAACGCCACAGGAAAUGGAAGUAGCGAAUGAAAUCAAACAAUUUGUAUUCUUGAAGAUCAUAAUGAAAGUGAGUGAACUAAAUUGUGAUGCGAAAAUAUUUGCCAAUGAUUAUCUUUAUAACGUGUUACUUGAUGAAGAAUUAGACAAAAUUCUAUCAGCACUGCCGCAAUCUUACGAAUUACAACAAAGUAAAGAAGAUAGAAAACGUGUUUUAAAAGAAAACAUUAUAAACACAAAAUGUUUCAUCGCAGAAGAAAAGGCUCGUUAUGAUUACAAGCAAAGUUUAAAAGAUACAGUUAAAUCUGUACUUGAAGAGCCGAAAAAUCUUACCCAGGGUGAAGCUUGCGAUUUUAAUACUCUAGUUGAAGAAAUUAUUAAUGAUUUUUUGCUUUAUUACCAUUACCAAGGUACAGAAAUACAAGAUAAACAAGAGUUUAAAACGAAGUUGUAUGAGGCAGUAGUACGAUAUUUCAUGAACUUGGAUACUAAAGGGAACAUUCAACAUUUGGAUCCGCUUAUGGUUAGAAAUCAAUUAAUAAGCGAACUUGCAAAAGUACCGGUUCCUAGCCAGGCUGUUGUGUUUGAAGAACUCAGAGAAAUCGUAUUGAAAAGCGAUGUGAACGAUUUCUUCAAUGAGCUUGCAGUCUCCGAGAAAGACUCCGAAAACGGCUCUGAGAAAGCAAAACUAAAAAAUCAUCUGAAAAUUACACUCACAAAUAAAUUACUUGAUCUACAAAGAAAUGGUUUUAACGAGGCCAAUGACAGUAAAAUAAGAAGUGAAAUAAAUAGUUGCCUACAAAAACUAAGUAAAGAAGUGAAUCCAGCACUUGUAAAUAAAUUUAUAAAUAAGUUAACGGGUCGAAUGAAAAAAAUAGUGCCCCUGAGAGAUGUAGAGGACCAAUCUAUGAGGAAUCGAAUGCAAUCGACAAAUCAAUCAAUUGCUUAUAACUGGCAUAGGAAACCAGAGUCACUAAACCCUAGCAUCACGUCACACAAACCAAGACAAAUUCGUGCUGACGAUACUUGGAGCUCUUCACGGAAGACUCCUCAAAGUUCAUAUAAUAUUGAGGGCAUUAAUCCCAGGAGUUUGCAGGGUACUAUAACGUCCUUUCCUGGUUUCGAGGCUAGAGUUAUCAUGUCUUCCACAAAAGAUAAUCGUCAAUUAAGCAAUAAGUCUGCAGUUAAUAUUAAUACGGAAAAAAUAAACUCUGCUCGAGCAUUGCCAUCUAGUGGACCUGAUCCAGAAACUAUUUUAGAAACUGACCUACAAAGACUACUACCACCUUUCAGAGACUACUUUGCAGAAUUCAAAGCUAAGGUUCGUGAAGUUGGAACGAACGAGUUACAGUCUGUUCCAGUAAAAGGCGUAGCACCAAAAAAACAAAAUGUACAAAUGAAAAAAACACGUUUUUCACGAGAAAGCACAGAUGAAGAAAGUGUUUGUUUGUGCGUCAGAAGAAAGUUACGAAAUAAUAACCGGCCACGUUACCUUAGAAAAUUAUUCUGUGACGAUUUUGAUGAUUGUAGACCUUGGCUGAGAACGAGAUGCCGAAUGCCAUUAACUGGUAUUUUAUUUUUCUAGGAAGUUUAAUUAAUUACCAAGUUACUACAGUUAGCUACUACACCAGAAUAAUAACGAAAUGUGUUGCAUUUCAACAUGAUUUUUCUAAAUAAAAAGAAAAAGAACGUUAGCAUAUUUUUUAUCUUCUUAUAACUAAUACGCAAACACGAAUAAAUUACUUCGUUACUUUAUGAGCACCUAAAUAAUUUAAAAUAAAAUCGUCCAUUUUUAAAGAAGUAUCGUUUAAAUUCGAUUGUUAGUUUGAUUUUAGCAGCACCAUCUAGUAUGUAAGUCUCAUAUUAAGUGUAUCUAUGUAGUGUAUCAAUGUGUAUCGAGUGUGUCAAUAUUUAUGUAUAUGUGUUAGUGUAGUGUAUGUUCUGUUUUUCCAACAGGUAAUAUGAAAGUAUUUUGCCAUACAGCCUUAUGUUUACAUACCUAUUCUGUUUUAAGCAUGGAUAUAAUAUAGAGCGGAAAAUUAUAUAAAAUCUAUAUGAAAUUAUCAGUGAAGUUGAUUUAUUUUAAAUUGUAAUCAAUUAGGGUGAAUUUAAAAGAAACGAGAUAAGAUGAAAUAAAAUCUCCGUGAAAUGGUAGCUAUUUAUUGAAAGUUCAGUGGAAUUUUUGGAAGGACCUUAAAUACCACAUACAGCGCUUUUUUUCCGUUUUCCCAAAUUUAUCUACUUUCACAGAUGCUAAGUACUUAUUAAACCACCACUGUUACAUCUAAACCUGCAGAAAAACUAAAUUAGCUUUAAAUGGGAUUAAAAUAGCUUAAUAUAUUAUGUAGUAUCUAUUCUCCUUUAAAUAUUUAAUCAAUUACUACGAAAUUACUACGUUCCUUUCAGCAUCGCCUUUGAUCCACAGGCAGAAAAUGCUUUAGGCAUU